AUAACCGCCAUCGAGGAGGAGGAGGAUUCUUCUGCUGCUGCUGCUGCGGUCAGAGUGAGUUAAAACCGGGAUGGAAAUUGAAUACGAGCCGCUGUCUAACCACAUGCAUCCAUUAUUUCUGCAAGUCAGACUCACUUCAACAUGACGCGCUCUCGUCUACAGCAUCCUUCUCUCUCCUCCUUUGUGAGGUGGACCCAUUGAGGCGUUUCUGAGAAUACAGUAUCACCUGACGACGUCUACCUGGCAUCGGCUUAUUAAGGACGGAUGAUGAUGAUAGAGGAGGAUGAAGCGGAGGCUCAUCAGGUGGAUAUGGAGUCGGAUUUGGUCAGCAGACCUCGCUCAUGCAUCUGGACGAACGACUUCUCAUGUGAGGUGAACGCGGAUCUGUCGCUUAAUUUCUCCAUAUUUAAAGUAGAUUCGGAUCAUGUUCCAUCACCGGCGUGCAGGAGGAGGAGGAUGAUGCUGGAUGCCGGAGGAUUUCACGACUUUACGGGAGCUGCGCUGCGCAAAACCAAGGCAUCCUCCCGGCGGAACGAGUGGGGAAACCAGUCCUACGCGGAGCUCAUCACCCGAGCCAUCGAGAGCACACCCGAGAAAAGACUCACCCUGUCUCAGAUCUACGACUGGAUGGUCCGAUAUGUGCCCUAUUUCAAAGAUAAAGGAAACAGCAACAGCUCUGCCGGAUGGAAGAACUCCAUCCGCCACAAUUUGUCCCUGCACACACGUUUCAUCCGUGUGCAGAAUGAGGGAACUGGCAAGAGUUCCUGGUGGAUGCUGAAUCCUGAUGGAGGGAAGCUGGGAAAAGCUCCCCGCCGUAGAGCUGUCUCAAUGGACAAUGGCAACAAGCACUUAAAGAGCAAAGGGCGAGUGAACCGUAAGAAAAUGGCCGGGAAAGCAGAGCAGGGUACAGAGGCAUUUUUGGAGUUCUGUAGCUCUCCAGAUCAUUGCAGUCCCACUAGGAAGUCUGGAACAGGUGGUGUGGUGGCUAGGGAGGAGUUUGAGACCUGGACAGAUCUCCAUUCACUAGGCAGCUCUUCAGCUUCAACUCUUAGUGGUCAUCUAUCACCAAUUCUAGCUGAGAGGGAAUUGGGGGAACCUGAAGCAGAGAGGAUAUCCUGUUCGGCAUCUCCACACCUGUACCCCAGUCCCUCUAGUGCCCACUCACCUGCAUCCCACUGUCCUGCAGAUCUCAGAGCAACAAUUAGCUACCAACAGCACCAAUCCCCAUGUCAUAAACAGCCUUCUUACCAAUACGCCAGUGAAAUGAUGGGCCAGGGCUCCAGCUGCGAGAUAGUUUAUGGCCAGCCAGAUGUGGGCAUGCUUCAGCACAAUUCCUCCAUGCAGAAUAUUGAGGAGAGCUCCAGUAAUAUGCAGGCCUACAAGGGCACAAGCACUCUCCAGAAUUUGCUGACCACAGGACCCCAGUUCCUUGUCAAGGACAUGAUACUUGGAAAAGAUAAUGGGGUCCACUCAAUGUUGGUUGCUCAAGGAUCCAGAGAUCUGCAUCCCACUAACCCUUCCUCCAAACCAUUUCACAGACAGAGCAUUAUUCAGAAUUUGAGCCAGGACCAUCAGCCUGCAUCGGUCUACUCUCAGCCCAGUGAUGGACACAUGCAGUCGUACAUACAUAAAGCCCCUUACCUAUAUAGCCCCACAGUCAAUGUACAUCUUACAGCAUCCACCACGCUUCCCCCAAACCCUGCAGGCAUGCAGGGAAUCUCACAGGACACCUGCCACCUUGCUACAGCUCCAUACCCACAAUGCCAUUCCUAUAUUUACACAGAUCCAUAUCAGCACAGUAUGGCAUAUGGACUGUACCGCCAACCUCAGGGGACGGGGACAGGUUACCACAACUAUCACCACCCUCAUCAGUUCUACCCACACGAGCGGCUGCCAGCAGACCUGGAUAUGGAUGUAUUCUACAGCAGCCUAGACUGUGACAUGGAGUCUAUACUCUUACAUGACAUUAUGGACUCAGGAGAAGAGAUUGAUUUCAAUUUUGAUUCCUCACUGGCUCAAGGAAUGGGCAUGGGAUUUGGAUUUAUGGGUACCCAACAGAGCCACAGCAAACAGAGCUGGGUUCCUGGAUAAAUGCCACAGAAUCAUCAAAGAAUGUUUUCUUAAGACAUAACUACCUACAGUACAUGCCAGCCAGCAGUGGAGUCCCAACACUCCACCACAAUUCAGGGUGAAUACACUGUGCUGACACUGAAAUGAAAUCAAGAGAGAAAUCUCUCUUUUGAAAACUGACUUUGAAUUUAUGCUGUCUGUUUCUUACUGCUUGUAUGUCCAUGCUCUAUGUUGUGUGUCCAUGUAUUGAAAACUACUCUGUUCCACUUUGUUCCAUUUGCUGCGAGUGAAACUCCUUUAGUUUUGCUGACUGAACCAUGAUGACAAUCUAAGCUGUUACCCAACACUGUUUUGUUCUUCAGUCAAAACUAUCUUGUGCACUUUAACUACAUCAAACAAAUCAAUGUUUAUAAUUUCACCCUCAGAAAGAAGGAAUGCUUGGGACUCAAGUGUAGCAAAAC